AUGAUGUUGAUGAAAAUAUUGAAAAUUUACUUGCAACAUUUAUUUAAAAAUCCUGAAUCAGUUUUACAAGAUAUUGAUGUUCAACGUUUACAUGCUAUUAUCUAUCGUGAUGUGGAUGAUACAAAACAAUCACAAUUUUUAGCAUUAUCUAUUGUUUAUUUUGCAUCGGUAUUAAUGAUAUCAAGAUAUCUCGAUAUUAUUGAAACAAAUCAAGUUUCUUUAUCAAGAACAACAUCAUUUAUGAGUUCAGUAAUGGACAAUACUAUUGAUAUGACUAUUGUAAAUGGUUUAAGUCAGUGGUCGCAGCAGUCUAUAUCUGAAAAUCAGGAAAAUAGGCAGGAUACAUUUUAG